AUGAGUGCGAAAUCACCGCUACGCGAGGUGGCACCGCGAAAAGCAGGCUACAAGUCAUGGAAGAAGAAGUAUCGCAAGAUGCGCAUCGGGUUCGAAGAGACGAUGCAACAAGGAGACGACAUCUUCAAGGAGGAAGCCAAAGCCGCCGCGACUGUGAAGAGGAUAGCAGUUGAGAAUGACCGGUUAAUGGACUUCUUACAAGACAUCAACAACUCGCCGCAGAUCCCGCCCGAGAAGCGAGUCGACGUGUCCAUACCAACGGAGAAUGGCGCCACCCCCGACACGACGACACAGCGAUCAGACCCCAGCAGCCUCAAGAGACUGGACGACCUGCAGCGGGACGUGCCGCACCUGUCAUUCGAGACGGCCAAGGAGACCAACCCAAGCUUGCUCGCGGAGCUCGAAAAGGACGCGGCGGAGACCUACCCGUCGCACUUCCUCACCCCCGACGACGUCGACAACUAUCUUCACAUGAUCGACGCCUCGCUCGAUCCGGAGACCCAUAUCCCGACGCUGGCCCCCAUGGCCCAUCCGAGCGAGCAUCCCCCCCAGCACCCUCUCCUUCGUAACCCCAACAGCAGCACCAGCUGGCUCCGCAAGCACGCGCCCCACAUCUUCCUCCAAGCUUCGGGCGGGGACGGCGCCGAAGACCAUGACGACGACGGACACACCAAGAAGGCCCGCGGCGGACCCAAGGGCGAGCGCGGCAACGCGGGCAAGAGCCGCGGGAAGCGCGCGAGCAACGUGGCGCCUCGGCCGGACAAGGCAGCGCACGCGGAGGCGGGCGAUGUGAGCGUGGACGACGACGGCGAGCCCCCGGCCAUCAAAGGCAAGCGGAAGCGAGACGAUGAUGGCGGGUACAGGCCCAAGGGAGGCUCUAGUGCGCGACCGACCAAGAAGAAGCGUAAGAGCGAAGGAGCGGCUGCGGAGACGAUGAGCAGCAAAAAGUCGAAGAAGGGCACGCCUGGCCCCGUGGUAGAGCCCGUGAGCUAA